ACCAUCUAGAGAGCCAGCAUGGAGGAAAGUGAAGACGACGCUGCCGAGUAUCGUGAGGCCGAAUGGCUGCGGAACUGGACGCCGCUGGCAGUGGACUACGGGGAGUAUGACCCUCUGAGAGCAGGCAGCAUCGAUGGAACUGACACCUCGCCUCAUGACCGCGGAAUCAUCCGCGCCGUGCGCGCCAACUGUAAGACUUUUAUAGACCCACCAAACUCUCAAGGACGUUUGUCGCUCCACGCUUUAGACAAGCCGCUGAAGAAUGUUGGCAGUGAUCCAGAGUGCACCUUGUUCGUUGGUCGAAUCAACCACGACACCACAGAGGUGUGUCGUCCACCAGACACAUUGCAAGCCAUCUUCUCAGAGUGUGGAAAAAUCAAGAGUCUACGAUUGAUCCGUGAUAUCGUAACUGGGAGGUCCAAAGGAUAUGCCUUCGUUGAAUUCUCUCACCCUGACAAUGCUGAGAAAGCAUACGACAGAUGUCACAAGAUGAAUGUGGAUGGGUACCAGCUACUGGUGGAGUUUGAAUGUGGAAGGACUCUGCCCGGCUGGGUACCUCGAAGACUAGGGGGUGGUUUUGGCGGGAAGAAGGAGUCGGGCCAGCUGCGUUUUGGCGGGAGAGAGAGACCGUUCAGAAAACCUAUCGUUGUGGGGAGCAAAAUGUUGGGCUCAAGAGGAAGAGAGAGAGGUAGUGGAGUCCCAAGAGGUGACUGGAGGAGAGGGAGGGAGGCAGAAGGGAGAGAUAGGGGAAGGGAUGAAAGGGAGAAGUGGAGAUAUGGAAGAAGAGACUCUAUGGACCAGCGGCCUGGUCAAUCUGGUAGAGAAAGACAUGUUGACAGAAGUCCAAGAAGAAAGAAAGAGUGACGUUCUCGCUCGCCGAUAUAAUCCAUUGUCAUGUAUAAUUGUCUC